AUAAAUACUCCGUGUCUGGCCCACACAGAGGAAACAGCGAAUUGAAAAAAUGUCAGGUAUGGUCGCGACGUUGCCGUUGCCGUCGCCGUCGUCAGCGCCGAGAUCCGCCUCUGAAUUCUUCUCGGAUCCUUACGAUCCCCAUCCUCUAUGGUUCAAACCUUCCCUCUUCCUUUCCCCUGGCUUCGACUCCGAGUCCUACAUCUCAGAGCUCCGCACAUUCGUUCCCUUUGACACUCUCCGAUCCCAGCUCCAGUCACACCUAGCAUCCCUGAACCGCGAACUUGUUGACCUAAUCAAUCGAGACUAUGCCGAUUUCGUUAAUUUGAGCACUAAGCUCGUGGAUAUCGAUGCCGCUGUUAUCCGCAUGCGCGCUCCUCUCCUUGAGCUCCGUGAGAAGAUCACUAGGUUUCGUGGAUCUGUGGAGGCCGCGCUUUUCGCUCUUAGGAAUGCAUUGCAUCAACGUUCCGAUGCUGCUGCUUCCAGGGAGGUUCUGGAAUUGUUGCUCAAUACUUUUCAUGUGGUCUCCAAGGUUGAAAAGCUUAUUAAAGUUCUACCAAAUACUCCUUGUGAUUGGCAAAACGAGGAUGCUAAUUCCUUGGUAAGGGGUUCUAUGAGUGAUGAAAUUCCCACGCAGCAAGAUGGAACAACCAUGAGAGAAACCCAGAGCAUGCUUUUGGAAAGAAUCGCUAGUGAGAUGAAUCGCCUCAAGUUCUAUAUGGCUCAUGCACAGAACUUGCCUUUCGUUGAGAACAUGGAGAAGAGUAUUCAGAGCGCUAGUGUGUUAUUGGAUGCUAGCCUGGGUCAUUGUUUCAUUGAUGGGCUAAACAAGAGCGACACAAGCGUCCUUUACAACUGUCUACGUGCAUAUGCUGCCAUUGAUAACACCAAUAAUGCAGAAGAAAUUUUUCGUACAACGAUUGUGGCUCCAUUUAUACAUAAAAUUAUUUCACUUGAGACAUCAGCGGAUGCUACUGGAAUAUCUGGAGAUGAACUUGAAAACGAUUACAAACAGAUCAAACAGUUUAUUGCAAAGGAAUGUAAAAUGCUGCUAGAAAUAUCUUCAACGGACAAAUCGGGUUUGCAUGUCUUUAACUUCUUGGCAAAUUCAAUCCUGAAAGAAGUUCUUUUGGCAAUCCAGAAAGUCAAACCAGGAGCAUUUUCUCCUGGAAGGCCUACCGAGUUCUUGAAGAAUUACAAGGCAAGCUUGGAUUUCUUGGCAUAUCUUGAAGGUUAUUGUCCGUCAAGGUCUGCUGUAACCAAGUUUCGAGCUGAAGCUAUAUGUAUUGAAUUCAUGAAGCAAUGGAAUGUGGGAGUGUACUUUUUACUGAGGUUUCAGGAGAUAGCUGGAGGCUUGGAUUCUGCUCUUACUUCUUCUUCUCUUGUUUUCAUUCAGGAUUCUGACUCAGAUAAACCGAGUUCGCCCAACUUAAUGCUCAGACAGAGCGUUACUCUUUUGGAGAGCUUGCGAUCAUGCUGGAAAGAAGAUGUUCUCGUUUUCUCUGCUGCUGAUAAAUUUCUUCGCUUGACCUUACAGCUUCUCUCGAGAUAUUGUAAUUGGGUGUCAUCUGUGGUGAAUACUAGAAAGAGUAAUGCCAGCCCGAGUCCUGGAUGUGAAUGGGCAUUUUCAGCCACUGCAGAAGACUUUAUAUAUGUUAUACAUGAUGUACAUUGUCUAGUCUCAGAAGUUCGUGGCGAUUAUGCUGGACAUAUAUCACACCAUUUAUCCUCAUGCUCCUCUGGAGUUCUGGAUGUGGUGAGGAAGAGCAUGUUACAGGGUGGAGAAUCAUUAGAGAACGUCAUACCUUUAGUUACGAAGACAAUAAUUGAAGUCAUUGUUGAUAAUUCUGUUGAGGGCCUAAGGCAGCUGCGGGGGAUAACCGCAACAUUUAUGAUGCCUAAUAAACCACUGCCUGUCAGGCACUCACCGUAUGUCAUUGGACUACUGCGUCCACUGAAGGCCUUUUUGGAGGGCGAUAAGGCUAAACAUUACUUGACCCACGAAACAAGGGAGGAGUUAUUGCUUGGCACUGUCACUGAAAUAUCCAGGCGUUAUUAUGAAUUAGCUGCUGAACUUGUUAGCGAGGCGAGAAAAAGAGAGACAGUGCUACAGAAACACAGACAAAAUGCACAGAAACGAGCAGGUGCAGCAUCAGGUGUACCUGACCAGAAUGUAUCUGAAACAGACAAGAUGUGUAUGCAAUUGUUCCUUGAUCUUCAGGAGUAUGGCCGAAACAUUUCUGCACUGGGGUUAAAUCCAGCGGAUAUCCCGCCUUAUUGUUCCCUCUGGCAAUGCGUCGCACCUGCGGAUAGGCAAAACACAAUUAGUGUUUGAGGACGCGCACUGCAUUUUCAUACAACAUGGGCGGUAUCAUAAGAUUCAUAACUUAUAAUAAAAACGAGCUUAUUUUCUUUUGCAAUGCAUAAUUGCUGGCUAAAAUUAGAGCAGUGAUAUAUUACUAUAAAUGUCAUUGCACAUGUAAAUUGUCGGCAUGUACCCCAUGAGAUCCUCUGAUUUUAGAAUCUGAUUUCCUUUUAUGACAAAGACCUUGUUAAGAUGGUUAUAGUA